AUGGGUUUUCUGAGAUAAUCCUGCACUUUUCAUCUCUGUGCCAUACUUUUCCAUCACUUUUCCAUCUCCUUUUAUUAUCUCUGUAUAUCAAAAACCCUAAUUCUCUAUCUCUCUUCUCUAAUCAGCUCCUCCAUACCUCUGUUGCUCAGUUCAUCAAUCUCCCAGUUUUCAGCCCAUUCUCUUCUCCAUCCCUCUCUCUCUCUCGCUUGCAGAGACUUUCUGUUCUUUUCCUCAAAUCUUGGGGAACUUUUCACAAUAAGGGAGACUGAGAAUCAUGGACGUUGACAUGAUGAAAUCAUCACCAUCAUCAGGAGAUGAACACAUGGACAUGAUGACAAUGAUGAUGCAGAUGGAAAAGCUUCCUGAUUUCUGUGAGCCUUUCCACAAUACUUCUACUUCUUCCCUGCAAGAAAUCCAAUUCUCCAAUGGAAAUGUAACCUCACCACCUAUUUAUCAUAACCCACAUGCCUCUUCAGCAUCACUCAUGAGCCCACAUCCUUCCAUGCUAUUUAUGGCUACUUCAAUGGAAGAACCCUUGACGGGAUCUCUCCAACCAAAUAUGGUCACUAGCAAAUUCAAGUAUUCACAUCCAUUCCCAAAUGCAAACUCGUUCUUAUCUUCAAUGGAGAAGAAGAACUCCACCGCAGCAAUUAGAGAGAUGAUCUUUCGUAUAGCUGCGAUGCAGCCCAUUCAUAUCGACCCAGAAUCGGUUAAGCCUCCAAAGAGAAGGAACGUGAAGAUAUCAAAGGAUCCACAGAGUGUGGCAGCCAGACAUAGGAGGGAAAGAAUAAGUGAGAGGAUAAGGAUUCUGCAGAGACUAGUGCCAGGAGGAACCAAAAUGGACACUGCUUCUAUGUUAGAUGAGGCUAUACAUUAUGUGAAGUUCUUGAAAAAGCAAGUGCAAUCUUUAGAACAAGCUGGGGCUAAUAGACCAAUGGCUGGCUUUCCAUUCUCAGGAUUGACAAUGCAUAAUAUGGGUUACUCUUCUUUGGUGAAGAAUCGCCAACCAGCUCCAAACAUGGUGGGCUCAAUGCUCAGAUGAGAGAGAUCUUGGGUGUAUAUUAGUUAAUUUGUGUACUAGUGGUGAUUUUGAAGCUUGUAUAUUAAUUAAUCAAGAUUCAGUUGUUUGCAGUGUAAUUGUCUUGUUCAAAAAAAAAAAAUGUUGAAUCUCA